AACCAGCUGCUGACUCGUGGUCUGUCUGAAGUCCUGGAUCAGGUCCACCCCCACUCUGGUGAUGAGCAGCUCGUCGUCCUCGCCGAAAUGUGGGACAGAUUCUUCACAGAGAUCCUCCCGACCCUGCAGGCCAUCUUCUACCCCGUCCAGAGUCUCGCCAUCUGCGGUCGUCGGGGUUGUUGCUAGGCGACCAGUCCCAGCCGGAGAUCACCGUCACCGAGCACCACAACUCCUCCGACUCAUCGUCUCUGGCCCCGCUGGUGGAGCAGGAGGGCGAGGCCUACCUGGAGAAGUCGGGCGGCGUGCGGCGCCACACGGUGGCCAACGCGCACUCCGACGUGCGGCUGCUGUCGGCGUCGGGCAGGAUGCAUGCUGGGACGGAGGAGGACAACGGGGUGGGAGGGGGCGAGGGGAGUGUGGAGUUCCUGGUGGCCGGUGGGCCGAUGAGUCCCCGACCGUUCUCCAGCCAACCGGACAUGGUGGAGUCUCCGAGGGGAGGAGUUAUCUGCUGAGACAAUACGGGACAGGAAAUAACAGGACAGUAUGGGAAUUUCAAAAUAAGACAUAAAAAGAGAAGAUGGGACAAGAUAACAGAGAAUAAGACAGGAAGUAUACAGUGAGGAUAGUGCGGGAAACAGGAAGUGACAAAACAGGAAACAGAAAACAGGAAACAGGAAACAGGACAGUGGAAGUGUUGAUCCAGCUCCCAGCAGGAGGAACAGCUCCGGGUCCGUACUGGAUCUGAACCAGUGAAUCUGGUGUUUAUUAAAGCACUGGUCCUGGAUCAGGGUUUGUUGUGGUCCUGGAUCAGGGUUUGUUGUGGUCCUGGAUCAGGUUUGUUGUGGUCCUGGAUCAGGUUUGUUGUGGUCUUAUGGACUGCAGGUUCUGGUUCUGCUCAGGUCAUGUACAUACGUUCUGUUUUAGGAUUGUUAACGAAUAAUAAAGAUUAAUUAAACUAAUUCAGACCUUUAAAUGUUCAACUGUGUUUUCUUCAGCAGAUGUUGGUGAACACGUUGUAAGCCCCGCCCCUUUUAGGCGGACGCUUCGCAAGCCCCGCCCAUUUCAGACUGAUACUUCACAAGCCCCGCCCCUUUUAGAACCUCAGCCAACUUCCUGUGCUUAGAUAUAAAUAAAGACAACCACAUUUUGAAGAUGGUUAGAAGAUAAGAAACAUUUAAAUAGUCUAACUAAUCUGCACCAAUGGUUAGCUAGGUAAUUAGUGUUCCAGAUGUAACUAGCUAGCUAACUAUUAAUGUAGAUUAGCUAGCGAAUUAGCUACUAACUAAUUAACUAGCGGCUUCAUUACUGUGAUUAUUGUUAAUUUCAGAGGUCGCCAUCAACUCGUUAGCUAUGUUCAGUAUAAAUACCUUAAAUAAUGUAAAAGCUAUUGUGAACAGACAGAAACCUGCUCACUGUCACUGAGUCUUUUACCUGCGCUGCUCCAGAUGAAUUUAAGGCAUUUAACAGCCUAACUGCUCUCGUCACUGCCUGACCUCUGACCCCUGACCCAGGCUGGAUAGGGAGCAGUAUUGAGGUCACAUGUCACUAAAUCCUCACAUCUAAUUCCUCUGCUUCCUUCCUGGUCCUGUAGAUCCACUGACUGACUCAGAUCGUCUGUUUUAUUUCUCAUUAACUGAUUUCUGGUUAUUUUGCUCCUGUAACAUAUUCUUUAACACUGAUAUCAUAAAAAUAUCCAAAGGGCACAGACAUGUUAUUUUUUAAUAUACGACACCAAAAUUGAUCAAAUGUUGCCCUUUGUAAGGGAUGUUUAAGUACAAUAUAAUAAAGAUAUUCAGCGAGUACGAUUGGAAAGCUCAUUUUCCUCUGAGUAAACUUUAUAUCCAAAUAUGUUGAUUUGUUUUGUGGUAACUGUUGAUGAAGAACUGAGGACACGAACAUUCACUAACUAUACAUUAGAUUUUCUCAGAAUGUAACUUUAUUAAGUCAAAACCAAAAAGUAUUUUAUGUGAAACAAUUGUUUAAAAAAAUAGUUUUCCAGCAUAAA